AUGGCCUCCUCAUUUCUGACACGGGGAAAGAAAAUCGUUGCUAUCGGACGUAACUAUGCAGCUCAUGCCAAGGAGCUCAACAAUGCCGUGCCUACCGAACCUUUUUUCUUCCUGAAACCCACUACUUCCUACCUUGCCAACAAUGGUACCGUUGAGAUUCCCAAAAACAUCCUUGCACACUUCGAGGUUGAGCUUGGCGUGGUCAUCGGCAGCCCUCGAGUUCGCGAUGUCUUGGCUGCUGAUGCAAUGAAGCACGUUGCAGGCUACACCCUCUCCAUCGAUAUGACCGCACGCAACCUGCAAGACAAGGUUAAAUCCAAAGGCCUUCCUUGGUCCUCUGCGAAAGGGUUUGAUACUUUCACCCCAACCUCAGGAUUCAUCGACAAGUCUCGUGUUCGUGACCCAUCCAAGCUGAGAUUGUGGCUCAAGGUCAACGAUCAGGUCAAGCAGAAUGGCACAACGGGUGAUAUGAUCUUUGGUAUCCCAGAGUUGAUCGAGCACGUUUCGUCAAUUAUGACGCUGGAGGAGGGGGAUCUGCUGCUGACAGGUACACCGCAGGGUGUAGGCGAGGUCAAGGAUGGCGAUGUAAUCAAGUGCGGUCUGGAAGAUCAGUCAGGUAACCUGCUUGAACAGCUCAAGAUCAACGUAGCCAAUCGUGUUGGUGGAUACGAGUUCAAACUCUAA